UGUCUGCUACGAAUCUCAAAUUAAACAGCUAGAAGUGAAGAAUUGAAGUAAGCAAGAUGGUGAACCUGAUUUUAUAUGGCACUGAAUCCAGUCCGCCGGUUCGGGCCGUUUUGCUGACCCUGCGCGCCCUGAAACUGGAGCACGAGUUCCGCCCACUGGACAUGCAGGCGGGGGAUCAUCUGAAGCCGGAAAUGUUGCGCAAGAAUCCCCAGCACACGGUGCCCAUGUUGGAGGAUGGUGAGGAGUGCAUCUGGGACUCGCAUGCCAUCAUUGGCUAUCUGGUGAACCAGUAUGCCCAGUCGGAUGAGCUCUAUCCCAAGGAUCCGCUGCAGCGGGCUGUGGUGGAUCAGCGGUUGCACUUCGAGACCGGUGUCCUUUUCCACGGCAUCUUCAAGCAGUUGCAACAGGCUCUGUUCCGAGAUAAUGCCACCGAGGUGCCCAAGAAUCGAUUGGCCGAACUGCGGGAUGCCUACGCCUUGUUGGAGCAAUUUUUGGGGCAGAAUCCCUAUUUGGCCGGUCCACAGUUGACCAUCGCCGACUUUAGCAUUGUGGCCACGGUGAGCACCCUGCACCUGAGCUACUGCCCCGUGGAAGACUCUAAAUACCCGAAGUUAUCCGCCUGGCUGACACGGCUUUCCGAAUUGCCCUUCUAUGAGGAGGAUAACCUAAGAGGAGCCCGCCUACUGGCCGAUCGCAUCCGCGCCAAACUGCCCAAGCAGUUCGACAAACUGUGGCAAAAGGCAUUCGAGGACAUCAAGAGCGGAGCCGGAAAACAGUGAUCAGUUUGUUCCCUUUUAACCUGAUGUUAAGCAAUAUUUAAAGAGUUUACAGUUUUGUAAAUAAAAACUUUUUUCGAA